AUGGGUUCGGUGGUAGUAAUGGCGGCUGAUGUUAUCAAUUGUUCACUCGGACUCGUAUUCAAGGUUAAGUCAAUUUUUGACUUCCCAACCAUUUAUGAUAUAUACCUUACGUACAUCGGUGUUGC